CGCUAGCCUCAGAACCAUCAUUUCCCGCUCUCUCUGUUUUCCUCACUCAGAGACACCGUUCAAUUUGGUGUCUUCUUCUUAUUCUUCUUCUUAUUUCUUCGUCCUACUGACAGAGAGUGGAAGAGACAGAUGAAGUACGUAGUCGUCACGGGCGGUGUAGUGAGUGGGCUUGGGAAAGGCGUGACGGCGAGCAGCAUUGGGGUUGUCCUCAAAGCCUGUGGUCUCCGAGUCACCUCCAUCAAGAUCGAUCCUUAUUUGAACACCGAUGCUGGAACUAUUUCUCCUUUCGAGCAUGGGGAGGUCUUUGUUCUCGAUGAUGGCGGCGAGGUGGAUUUGGACCUUGGAAACUAUGAGCGUUUCUUAGAUGUAACACUUACUCGGGAUAAUAAUAUCACUACCGGAAAGAUCUAUCAGUCCGUUAUAGACAGAGAAAGAAGAGGUGAUUAUCUUGGGAAAACAGUUCAGGUUAUUCCACACAUUACAGAUGCAAUCAAGGACUGGAUUACAUCUGUAGCUGUCAUUCCUGUUGAUGGCAGAGUUGGUCCUGCAGAUGUUUGUGUAAUUGAGUUGGGGGGCACUGUAGGUGACAUUGAAUCAAUGCCAUUCAUCGAGGCCUUGCGACAGUUAUCUUAUUCAGUUGGACAAGAAAACUUCUGUCUUAUUCAUGUCAGCCUUGUACCAGUGCUGGGGGUUGUUGGUGAGCAAAAAACAAAGCCAACUCAACAUAGCGUUAGGGAAUUAAGGGCACUAGGACUGACGCCUCAUUUACUGGCUUGUCGAUCUGCUCAGCCGUUGUUGGACCAAACAAAGGAGAAGUUGUCGCAAUUCUGCCAUGUUCCUGCUGGGAAUAUUCUCAGUAUCCAUGAUGUUCCUAACAUAUGGCAUGUUCCCCUUUUACUUCGUUAUCAAGAUGCUCAUAAUGCCAUCUUGAAACAACUGAACCUUUUAAGUAUUGCUGGACCACCUGAUCUCCAAGAAUGGACAAAGAGAGCAGAAACUUUUGAUAAUCUUACAGAAACAGUAAAGGUUGCUAUGGUUGGGAAAUACACGGGAUUGUCAGAUUCAUAUCUGUCUGUGUUGAAGGCUCUUCUACAUGCUUGUAUCUCAUGCUCCUUGAAGCCUGUAAUUCAGUGGGUUGCAGCUUCUGAUCUCGAAGAUGAGAAAGCUAAAGAAGCACCACAAGUUCAUGCAGCUGCUUGGGAAACUCUGAAGGAUUCUGCCUGUAUUCUGGUUCCUGGUGGAUUCGGGAAUCGUGGAACAGAAGGAAUGAUACUAGCUGCAAAGUUUGCAAGAGAAAACCAAGUUCCCUAUCUUGGGAUUUGCUUGGGAAUGCAAAUAUCAGUUAUUGAAUUUGCUCGUUCGGUGCUUGGACUGGAGAAAGCAAAUAGUGCGGAGUUUGAUCCUGAUACACCUGAUCCUGUCGUAAUUUUUAUGCCAGAGGGGUCCAGAACCCAUAUGGGUAACACAAUGAGACUUGGGUCUCGGAAGACCUUCUUCUGCGAUCAUAAUUGUAUUACCUCUAAGCUGUACAAUAACCCUGACCAUGUGGAUGAGCGCCACCGUCAUAGAUAUGAGGUAAAUCCUGAUUCAGUUGAAGCCCUAGAAGCUGCUGGAUUGAAAUUUAUGGGGAAGGAUGAAACUGGCAGAAGAAUGGAAAUUUUAGAACUUCCAAAUCAUCCAUUCUAUGUGGGCGUACAGUUCCAUCCAGAAUUCAAGUCAAGACCUGGAAGGCCUUCCCCCUUAUUUACAGGUUUUGUAUUGGCAGCAAGUGGGCGAUUAAAAGCUUACCUGUCAUAAGUGCUUUAUUUUUUCGGCCAUGGAAGAGAAAAUUGGAGACACCUACUGAUUGUAAACUAUCCUACUCAUUUUUACUGGCAUCCUUGCAUAUUGCAGAUGUCAUCAGACAUCUAUAUGGCAAUGCUAAUAUUCAUCAUCGAUGGGGGGAUUGUUGUGCCCCAAAUGCGAUUCUUUGUUAACAGAUGAAUUAGCUUCUUUAUUGUUUCUGAAAUCAUAAGAAGCAAUCUCUGCAGAUGUUCAGGGAAGUGCUAUGAGCGUAAGGAUUAAUGUUUUGGCAUUUGUCACUUGGUUAGGUCCAGGGCAGUGUGUUCAACCUCAUGGAUCUCAUGUAUUUUUCUUUUGAUGGAUGCCUUUUCAGCAUCCACUGUAUAAACUACGAAUGAAUCUUUUCUUGAAUUAUGUUGAACUGAAGUCAAGUUUAAGGAAGAAUGUUUUACAAUCACUGGUAA